AUGAUUGAUCCUUUGCCAGGUCAAAGUGACCGGCUAGCUGUAUCGUCACGUGACGAAAAGAACGAUUUUCUUCCAGACGAACGGGUACUAACACAAAGUGUUUUAACAUACAAUGACAAAUUAUAUCUUGCUUGGUAUUGCAACCGAGGAUUAGUAGUACAAAAUCAACGCUCACUGUGUCAACUCAGUUUAUCGGAUUAUUCAUUGUCACUGGAUUCAUUAAUUUGUCAAAAGGUUAUAAUUAGUGUACCAUUAAAACAACAACCGUUCACGAUUAAAUUAACCAUCAUCAGUGUAGUAGUAAUGAUUGUUAUCGGUCUUCUACUGAAUACGCUGACAAUUUUGACAUUUUACUCAUCAAAUUCGCGUGAAGUCGGGUGUACACUAUACAUUUUAUGUUCAUCCUGUUUGGGUCAAAUACGUUUAAUUAUACUCGGCAUUUCUAUAUAUAAUAGAGUGAAAUUAAACCAAAUGACGGACACAAUCGUUCAUGAACUCAUAGUGAAAGAAAUACUUAAAGAAGCAGAUGGCACUCAACACCCAAAUCGUGGUGAAACUGUUGAAAUUUUAUUGAAAGGAACAGAUGAAGAUCAUGUAUUUGGUGAACGUAUUGUGAAUUUUAAAAUUGCAUCUUCUACAGAAGAUGUAUACAGCGCUUCAGGACGUCAUCCAUGCAUUAUUUUACGAUCAAAAGCGGAGUUAUGA